AUGUCAAUAGGAAUCGGCCCCGGAGAUGUUUUACUAUUUCUUAGAAGCGUUUCCAGGGCCACUACCCUCCUUCGAGGGGAGGCUGUGGAUGAGUAUCGGACCUUUAGGAGAGCAUGUCGCGACCUUGAGAUGGUUAGUCGCCAGCUAAUGGACCAUCAUUCCCGAGACACAGAACACGAGAGUCCGUUUCGUCGACAAGCAAGAGAAAUCAAACGACUACUGAUACAAUUUCGUUACAAAAUCGAAAAACUUGACCCCUCCCUUGGCCGAUAUCGCACAGGGACAUGUAAAAGGGUCUUCAACAAACUGAGCUGGCCAUCUCAUGCCAGAGAGCUUGGCCGGCUUCAGCAGGAUCUAUUUUAUCAGUGGACGAUCAUCGACUGGAAGCAGAAAUAUUGUCAAAACUCAUUCGGCACUGUUAGCUCUGUGAGGAACCUAUACACAAAGAAUUGUUUCGACCUCGAGGAUCAUUUUGGCCAUGUUCAUAGGCUUGACUUAUUAUCCACCGACUCAUGGGAGGCACUUCAUGACUGUCUCACACGAAUGUUUCCACGUGGCGAUCUGGGAUACGAGAUCAUCCAGAGUCACCGUUAUCUCCUACACAAAGCUGAGGAUUUCGCCGAUGUUCUAUGCAACAGCCCUGCAAAUAUACCAAUCAUAGAUGCUAUCAAGCCGAAGCAGCGCGUAAUGAUAAGGUGUGUCCAAAAUGUCGUCACAGAAGAGUUGCAAACUUUCAAGGUCCAGCCCUGGAAUGGCCCAGCGCGAGACGAUUCGGUUGACGUUCGGAUAUUGAUCCGUGACAAGAUGGCGCAAAUCGGCCCCAUUCCGCCAGAGCGAUCAAGAGCAACAAGACCUGAGAUUUGGCACUUUAGUAGAGUGACACUCUGCAACUCACAAUGGCCUCAAUUCUCCGACAGCACGUCAAGAGAGACCCCCUCGAGGCUGCUGGUAGAAACUAGACAAGGUCUUGAACGCACGACCCAGUUUCUUAAGUCCCAAGAUCUUCCAUUUGCAUGGGCCGCAGCAUUGAUAAAUAGUCGAUUCUGGUUCGCUCGGCAGGAACAAGCUUUGUUAAGAUUUGUUACUUCAUCCCUUCAGGCAUUGGAUCAUACCAUGCCUCGCGUAGUCACGCCUCGGAACGACGCACAGCUUCUGGAUAACUUGGUCUAUCAACUACAAGCUGGCAUAUUUGACUUUCUUCCUGAAAGGCUAGAAGCUAGAUGUUUUCUCUGGAUGUUCUGGGAGGUAUUGCAACUUGAAUCGAAGAUUCUGUCUUCUUGCGCAAGAUUGCUUAACACCUGGUCCUGUCCAGAAAACUACGCAAGGCAAGAGACGCCCCUUAUCAUCAAGGCUUUGACGCUACCGCACAUAGCUCUUCUAGUCCCUUGGAGACUUACCUUUGAUCUGGCUGAAGACAUUGUGGAGUAUUUUCUCAAAAAGCCACCAAAAUUCCUCCCUGCCGCCGUUCGACAUUUGGUCAUGAACUCGAGAAGCAUCUCGCUUCAUUAUUACAUCCACGGUGAAUUAUCAUCCUACUUUGAUGGCGGUACCAAUAGGCAAAAUGUGGAGGAGCCGAUAGACCGGCUGUACUUGGCAUGGAUGGAACUGGCAAUGCGGUCAGAAGGAGAAAUCAUUGAUUCCGAGCUUACCAGGACACAAAUUGGAUCUCUGGUAGAGGGAGGAUAUAUAUGA